AAGGUUCUCAAAAAUUCAAUGAUUUGGAUGAAAAAUUCAAGAAAGUUUACUUUUCAACGGGCUCAUCGAUUAAGCUUGGUUGGUUAGUGAAUCCAGAAGACAAGGAAAUAUAUAUUUACGGACAGAGGGCUAAUGGGGUUGUUUAUUCAACUUCACAUGGCUGGAAUAAUGUAAAUGGUGGCAGUGUUUUGCCGGGAUUUACUCUUGAAGUAGAGAAAAUUGAUGAUACAAUUUCACAGAAAUCCUCAGAAUCAUCAUCACCAAAUGAAGAAUUGGAAAUUAAUUGCCCUAGAUGUGAAGUAACAUUCACUGAUAAUUAUACUUUUAUGAAGCAUUAUGAAGAUAUCCAUGCUCGUAAAUGGCACAAAGGAGAAUAA